AUGCAGAGCUUGUGGUCUCGCGCAGCCGCGCAGUCAACGUGCCGCUGCGGCUGUUUAAGCACGACCGCCAACGGUGUCACUUCACGAUCAGCCUCCGCCGCCAGCAAGCGACGACUUCGCAUAGGAAACUCUGUUACGGCAUUAUACGGGAGCUUGUUUGCCAUCGCUACUCUCGCUGAUUCAAGGGCAAAGACUCAACGCCGACAUGACUGGGAGGAAAAAAUUGCUGCCGUCAAGGCCGAAGUUAAGGAACUCGUGGAUGAGGAGCAAAGAAUUCUAGAGUCGCUUCAGAUCUCGCUGACGAAACCUCGGGGUUUCGGCCGAUGGUUGCAAGAUGCAGGACUCGGCGCUGAAAGGGGCUUUUCUUUCUCAACACAACGAAUGUCGUCUCAUCAGUCAAUAAGGUCCUUACAUACCGAACGUCGGUUAUACAAUGCUGCCAGCGCUAAUGCUCAACUAUCGGAAGCAUCCGUGUCGGAUGGAGAGAUUGAUCUGAGAAAUGUCGAGGAGGAGGAUGACGAGUUUGAGAAGAAAUACAGAGAGCAUCUGCCGAAAUGGGUUGUUAAAGACACCCUACGCAUGAAAGCCAUACAAAAGCUUGCUCUAAGACAAUUCUCCAUUAGAAUACUUCUACGCCCAGCCAUUACGCACAGGUAUAAUGGACUACCCAUGACUUAUAUACACGACUCUGAAGCUCCCAAGAUGAAUGUCGAGAAUCUUCUACAUGAGCUGAACAGCAUUCGACUUCGUAUCCAAACGCUCCGGACGAACAAAGAUGCGCCUUAUUCAGACUUACUUGGAGACUACCCCAUGAUGGAUUCAGAUCAGAUCCAUAAUUCACGAGAAGCGCUUGAUGCUGAGCUUAUUGACGACCUUGAAGCGUUCUCAAGCGAACGAAUGUCCAUGCAAGAGCUCCUUCUCCGAGUGUCUGUCAACCUUUUGAACUCAGUGGAUCCAGAUCGUACUACUGCUUUCAGGAGUAUGUUUAUAACAUUCACAAAAACUCGCCAAAAUGACUUGAAUGACCUACUUCUGCGAACCCUCAUCCCAAAUCGGUUCCUUCUCAGCUCUUCUCUCAUCAUCACCAUCAUCUCCGUUCAUCGGAAGAUGAAAAACCUGAAAGAUUUCGACCAGUUUCUCCAGAUGCUUACCGCAGAUGGUGGUUGGUCAGCUAACCUCGGAUCAAUUGGUCACUACAUCCGUCGAAGCUUCAAUGGGUGGGAAGUAGUUGUUCCACCCCUUGAUAGCAACAACAUGGUGAUCUAUUCAGAACUUAUAGCUGCUGCCCUACGGUUUGAACAGCCAGAACGAGCUGACGCUUGGCUUCAAGCAGCGCGAGGCGUUGGUUUCUUUGACAACUUCACGACGCUGUCCAGUUACUUCAAAUACUACAGUGUCCGAAAAGACUGGGUUAAAGGAAUUUCCGUCCUGAAGCGAGCUGUCACCUAUUUAAUAUCAUCAACGGACCAUCCUCCUGAACUAGUCGACCGCCUCAUUGUGCUCAUGUCCCACUUCUGUGACUCAUGCGGACAGAGCGAUUGCUCACAGGCUUUGAUAUCUGCAGCUAUGCACAGCGGGUUUAGCCAGAAGAUUCGUACUUACCAAGAGGAUCUCACUCCCAUUGUUGACUACGGGUUUACGCGAUGGACUGAAGCUGCUAGGAGAGCACCUGCGGAAAACAUCGAUCGUCUGCCUUGGCAAAAGUGGAUAGACUUUGGAAAGACGUUUGGGGACUAUUUGAACGAGCUUGACGUAUCAAGGGAUAAUAUAAAGAUGCAUCAAUUUUCCUCAAAUGCUGCUCUCCACGCCCAGCAUGCCAUGUCGUCCGUUCUUGGGGAUAUCUCAUCACAACCCAAUAACGCCAAUCUCAUUCGAGAGACAUCACAACCAGUCUCAUUGGGCUCCGUCGUAUCAACUGACAAAUCUCAACCUCCCAAUAAGCAAAAUGAAAUAGAGGCUCUCAAGAGCGAAGUGGCGGAACUUCGCAAGCUUGUCUUUGAGAUUCGAAAGACCCACAUCGGCGCAUCGUCCAAGUCCGAUACGGAAAUCGAAGAAGAACAGCUGCUACAAGUCGAGGAGCCCAUCAGUAUCAACCCACCUACUCCUUCUCUCCGUCCAAAGCGUAAGGGAUUUCAAACAAUAUCUCAGAUUGCCAGGAGCAGGAAAGAUUUUCCACGAGAGAACCCCUGGAAUCGCUCUGGGAACAUCUCAUGA